AUCUGCAUUUUUAAUUUAGCCGUGCUUAAAAUUUAAAUUCCAUGUACCGACCUUCUAUAAAUAGCGGCUCCCUAACUCUCCAAGCUCAUUUCUCUCCCUCCAUUACUUAGUUUCUCUCUCUCUCUAAUUUGAUUCAAAUUUCCAAGCCAAACACUAGUUUUCUCUGAAAAUUUCUCUUUCUCCUCGCUUUCUGCCAUUUCAGUUCUCAGCUCUCUUAAUCAAAAUUCUACAACAAUGGUUGUUGCGCAGAAGGUUAAAGAAGCGGAGAUCACUGAGCAAGAUUCCCUCCUUCUGACGAGGAACUUGCUUCGUAUUGCUAUUUUCAAUAUUAGCUAUAUCAGAGGCCUUUUCCCAGAAAAUUAUUUCAACGAUAAAUCCGUCCCUGCUUUAGAGAUGAAGAUCAAGAAGCUAAUGCCGUUGGAUGCAGAGUCUCGUAGACUGAUUGAUUGGAUGGAGAAAGGUGUAUAUGAUGCAUUGCAGAAAAAGUACCUGAAAACAUUAUUGUUCUGCAUAUGCGAAUCAAUAGAUGGAGCAAUGAUUGAGGAAUACUCCUUCUCUUUUAGCUAUUCCAAUUCUGAUACCCAAGAGGUUUCGAUGAAUAUUAAUCGCACUGGAAGCAAAAAGCAUGGCAGAGCAUUCAUCUGCAACUCCACCACUGAAGUUAGUCCCAAUCAAAUGAGGAGUUCUGCUUGUAAAAUGGUCCGUACUCUGGUUCAAUUGAUGAGAACUCUCGAUAAGAUGCCUGAAGAGCGUACUAUACUAAUGAAACUCCUCUACUAUGAUGAUGUGACGCCAAUGGACUAUGAGCCUCCAUUCUUUAGAGGCUGUACGGAAGAAGAAGCUCACAAUUCAUGGAUCAAAAAUCCUUUAAGGAUGGAAGUUGGAAAUGUCAACAGCAAGCACUUUGUGUUAGCUCUCAAGGUGAAAAGUGUGCUUGAUCCUUGUGGGGAUGAAAAUGACGACAUUGAAGAUGAAGAAGUAAGCCUUGGUGUUGACUCUGUUCAAAGGGAUGAAUCUUCCGACUCUGAUACUGAGGUUGGUGAAUCACAAGAAGACCAAUUUAUUGUGGCUCCAGUAGAUAAGGAACGAUCAGAAGAAGACAAUAGUGCGGUUGAUGAAGAUGAUACUCAAGAUCCCAUGGAAGAUGAACAACAGUUGGCAAGGGUGAAGAUUUGGAUCGAUAAUCUUCAUCUUGACACUGUUGAACUUACUGAUGUCCUAUCACAUUUCCCAGAUAUCUCAGUGGUUUUGACAGAAGAAAUAAUGGACAAACUUGUAAAGGAAGGUGUUUUAUCAAGAAGUGGAAAAGACAGUUACACCAUAAACAAGCAGAAGAAAUCUGAGUAUGAGUUUACGGUUAAAGAAGAAACGGAUGGCCAGGUCCAGAUUGCUCAGAAAUCUCCAAAGCUUGAAGAUCACUUGUAUAUGAAGGCUUUGUACUAUGCUCUUCCAAUGAAAUAUGUGUCGGCUGCAAAGCUUCAUAAGAAGCUGGACGGACAAGUAAAUCAGACUGUUGUCCGGAAGCUUAUAAAUAAGAUGACACAGGAUGGUUUCAUUGAAGCUAAAGGCAACCGUAGGCUAGGCAAGCGUGUCAUCCACUCAAAUCUGACAGAGAAAAAUCUAUUAGAACUCAAGAGAGCUUUAAACAAAGAUCCAAUGCAGGACAUGGAUUGCACUGAACCUCAUAACAAGACCAGUCAUCCGGAAAUGCAAACAACUGGAAGCAACCUCAGGGAUGUGUCUACAUGCGGUGUCCUCCACUCCAUUGGUUCAGAUCUCACACGCAUGAGGGGCCGAUCUGACAUGAACCAAAGUGAACAGACUAUCUCAAAGACCAGGGACAACGGAAACACACCCAUAAGCAUGGCUCAGCCAAUAGCUUCAAGAGAGAGCUUUGUCCCAGGAUGUGAGAACAACCGAGUGAAUGGUAACUGCGAUGAGGUAGACACUAUUGUUUGUAGUAGAUCAUCACAAGAUAAGCGAGGCAGGAAGGCAAGCACGGUCAAGGAGCCUAUCCUGCAGAACAUGAAGCGCCAGAAAUCACAAGCUGUUUGAAAGAAAUGGAGAAAUGUAACGUCAGUGCCUGAACCAAACUCGAAAUUGAUUGGUAAAUUUUCCUUUUGAAGUAAAUCAUAGACACAAGUUACUGGUUCCUUUUUCCUUCUAAUUGACUGAUAAGAUAAAAAGAAAUUGUUAAUUACUGGUGUCUCUAGUACUAAAUGAGAAUUUACCUUUGAAGCCA